UUAAACUCAUCAUAACGUGACAACUAUAUUUGAACAUGGAUAGUACAGAAUCAGAAUUUAGACUUUAGCGCGUGUAUCACAAAUUCGAGCUUUUUGCCUUUGAUCUCUUUGCAAGAAGUUACCAUGCUCCUCCUCCACUUUAAAAUUUUAUCUCUCUUCAACUUUUCCUUUUCCUCUUUCUCUCACUCUCACCCCAAAAUUCCACUUUAUUCUCCCUCGAACACAACUCUAAAAGCAGUUGAUCCUCCUUGUGUUCAUAAACAACAUCCUAUCCCUUUUUCCCUCUCUCAUAACCUAAAAAGGAGAAGGCCACCUUGCUUCCCUCUUUUGCUAUUCACCCUCAAUUCUAUAAGAACACCAACAUUUGAGACCAAUAAAGCUUAUUGCACAAAAAUAUAUACAUAUAUAUCACCAAGCAACAAAUAAAACCAUCUUAUCAUAUAAACUAAACAUUUUGUUAUAAUCAUAAGUGAAAUGAUGGCAUCUCCAUCAGAACUAAGCCUUGACUGUAAACCUCAAAGCUACUCUAUGCUACUCAAAUCAUUCGGCGGUGCUGGUGAUCACAAUAACCAAACAGACCAAGCCACCAACAAGCUAGAAGAAUACCUUAAUCGCCUCGAGGAAGAGCGCCAUAAGAUUGAUGCUUUCAAGCGUGAGCUUCCCCUCUGCAUGCAGCUUCUCACCAAUGCCAUGGAAGCAUCAAGGCAGCAGUUACAAUCUUUCAGAAUAAAUAAUCAAGGUGCAAGGCCAGUUCUUGAAGAAUUUAUGCCACUCAAACAUUCUAACUUAGAAGGGUCUGACCAAAAGACAGCAAACAUUUCUGACAAGGCCAACUGGAUGGUAUCUGCACAGCUAUGGAGCCCUGCAGGUGACGCGAACAAGCAACAGUCCUCGACAUUGCCUAAAUCUGAAGCUGAUACUGGCUUCAGUGUAAGCAGUCCUAAACUAGGAUUAGACACCAAUCAGAGAAAUGGGGGAGCUUUUCUUCCAUUCGCAAAAGAAAGAAACUCAGUUCCUAACAAUUCAAACAUAAGACCACUCCCAGAUUUGGCCCUAGCAUCAAGUGACAGAGAGGUAGAUGACAAGAGUGAAAAUGGAUUGAGUGGAUCAAGGAGUGAUAAUUCUAGCAAAGGAGGAAAUGCAAUAGUUGGCAUGGCCUCCACAGAUAGUCAAGCACCUAUCGCGACAACCACCACCACUACCACAACUCAGACAAACAGGAAAGCAAGGCGGUGUUGGUCACCGGACUUGCACCGACGAUUUGUCAAUGCCCUUCAGAUGCUUGGUGGUUCACAAGCUACCCCUAAACAAAUAAGGGAGCUAAUGAAGGUUGAUGGACUAACCAAUGAUGAAGUGAAAAGUCACCUCCAGAAAUAUAGACUUCACACCAGAAGACCUAGCCCAAGUCCUCAAGCAGUAGGAGGCCAAGCACCACAGCUGGUUGUCUUAGGAGGAAUAUGGGUCCCACCCGAAUACGCCACCGCGGCUGCUGCUGCACAUGGUGGUGCACCCACCAUUUACAGUGCUCACCCAAGUACUCAAGUCUCAUCACACUAUUGCUCACCUACAGUCCCACCAGACUAUUAUCCACAACCAGUAGCACCCCCACAAGCACUGCACCAUCCAGCCCUACAACACCACCAUCAUCACCAGCUUCAUGUGUACAAGACUACCUCUCACACACAGACUCAUAGCUCCCCGGAAUCAGAUGCUCAACGAGCCGGUGACCGGUCAGAGAGCAUCGAAGAUGGGAAGUCAGAUUGCAGCAGCUGGAAAGGCGAAAGCGGGGAGAAUGGAGGAGAAGGGAGGAAGCUAGCAGCAUUAAGAGAUGAUGGUGAGGAGAGUAAUGGAAGCCAGAUUACAUUAAAAUUCUAGUUAAUUACUGUUUGUAGGGUUAGUAUUAGGGUUUUUUUUAAAUUUUUGUUCUGAUUCUUGUGUGAAUUAUAUUAUGUGUAGAGAGGGAGGUUAAAGAAGGCAUAAAGAGAAAGUGAGUGUUCAUUUUAUUAACUUACAUAAUGUUCUUAGAUUUCCUAUUCAGUAAUCACUAUCUAGUGAUAAAAUUCAUGUAUAGAUUUACAUGAAGCCAAUAACUUUUGGUUGUAUUGACAGUUUUGCUCUUGAAUAUAUGUUUACUAAUUACUACUGCAAAAAGGACAAGGUAAACUGAGCCAAAGUUCCUAAGAACAGUAAAUACUCAAUCCCAGAAAUUAGGAGUAUGAAUAUGAAAAAAAAAAGAGGUAAUGGGAGGAAUUUCAUGCUUUUAAGGCUAGAAAGUAUAAACUCAUAUGGUAAAAAAGUUGGGUUAUGCAACAUGUAGUAAAAACACUAAAAAAAAAUACUAUUGCUGAAACCAAAGAUAAAGCCUAGCAAGAGUUGCAACGUUAUGAAAAAUUUCACCUUUUUAAUUUAUAUCACAUGCUUACUUCACUAUUCUCCAUGCUAAGGCACUAAUUCACCAAAGAAAGUAAGAUCCUCCACACAAACCUAUCACAAUCUUA